UUUUAAGAAAAAACAAAAAUGUUUGCUAGACAGCUGGGUGCAAAUAAUGAUUCUAUCUAUCAAGAAUAGAUCAUUCCUAUAAAUAUCAGAAUGAUGAAAUAAAUCAAGGUUUCGCCUUGUGAAAAAAAGGCUAUGCUGAACAAAACUAACAUUACCUACUUAAAUGUCAUAAGUAGAAAACAGCUUUGCUUUCAAUAAUAAAACAAGGGGAUAAUUACCAUUAACGAUGAUACAGAGUGUAUUAAUCUUGUCAUAAAUCUCAUAUCGGAAUUCGAUCAAAAUUUAUUUAAUAAAAUCAAUUAAGACUGUCCCAAACUAUAUUACUAUAAUUUUAUUUUGAGAGCUAGAGUAUACAAACGAGAAGUUAUCUUUGAUAUUUAGACUAUACAACAAGUAAACUAAUCAGCAAUGAUUAUUUACCAAAUGAUAAAGAUCAUAACUUGGGCAAGAUUACAUGAGGGCUAGAAAUAGUAGACUUAAUCGAGAAUAGAGAACGAAGAAGAUCAAUAGAUUCUCAUUGAAGUCAGUAAUUUGAAUGAAGAUGUAAAAAUCAAUACUAUUUAUUAUAGAUCUUGGCAUACUUGGGUUAAAAUUAAAGAUAAGGAAAGACCUUAAAUGAAAUAAUAGAGUAUUUUAGAAUUCUGAAUAACAUUGAACCAUAGGAUAUCAAGUAUUUAUAUUUAAAUAAAUAGAAAAUCUAUUGCAUUUCUAAUAAAAGAUGGAAAAAUAAAAAAUGAUUUUGAAGUAUUCAACCUAGUUAUUCAUAGAUGA